CCGUGACGGCAGCCGCCAAUGGGAGCGGCGGCCGCGGGGUGUGCUGGGAGGGCAGCGCCGAGCGGAAGGGACGCGCAGCGCAGCCGGGAGCGCAGCGAUGCCGGACCGCGACAAUGAGCCGUUCUCCAACCCCCUGGCCCCCGAGGGCCACGAUGUGGACGACUCGCACUCCUUCCACCAGUCCAAGCUGACCAAUGAAGACUUCAGGAAGCUUCUCAUGACCCCGCGGGCUGCGCCAACAUCUGCGCCACCCUCCAAAUCUCGCCACCAUGAGAUGCCCCGGGAGUACAAUGAGGAUGAAGAUCCAGCUGCUCGCAGGAGGAAGAAGAAAAGUUACUACGCCAAGCUGCGGCAGCAGGAGAUCGAGCGCGAGAGGGAGCUGGCCGAGAAAUACCGGGAUCGAGCCAAGGAGAGGAGGGAUGGAGUGAACAAGGACUACGAGGAGACAGAGCUGAUCAGCACCACUGCCAACUACAGGGCUGUGGGGCCCACGGCCGAGGCGGAUAAAUCUGCUGCGGAGAAGAGGAGACAGUUGAUCCAGGAGUCCAAGUUCUUGGGUGGUGACAUGGAGCACACUCACUUGGUGAAGGGUCUGGACUUUGCUCUGUUGCAGAAGGUACGGGCUGAGAUUGCCAGCAAGGAGAAGGAAGAGGAGGAAAUGAUGGAGAAGCCCCAGAAAGAAACUAAGAAAGAUGAAGAUCCUGAGAACAAAAUUGAAUUUAAGACUCGCCUGGGCCGCAACAUUUACCGCAUCCUGUUCAAGAACAAGACCUACGAGCGGAACGAGCUGUUCCUGCCGGGCAGGAUGGCCUACGUGGUGGAUCUGGAUGAUGAAUAUGCCGACACCGAUAUCCCCACCACGCUGAUCCGCAGCAAGGCUGACUGCCCCACCAUGGAGGCACAGACCACGCUGACCACCAACGACAUUGUCAUCAGCAAGCUCACACAGAUCCUCUCCUACCUCAGGCAAGGCACCCGCAACAAGAAGCUCAAGAAGAAAGACAAAGGGAAGCUGGAUGAGAAGAAGCCUCCUGAAGCUGAUAUGAACAUCUUUGAAGACAUUGGGGAUUAUGUGCCCUCCACUGCCAAGAUGCCACGGGACAAGGAACGGGAGAGAUACCGGGAGAGAGAGCGUGACCGGGAUCGGGAGCGAGACCGGGAGCGAGAACGUGACAGGGACCGGGAGCGCGAGAGGGACAGGGAGCGGGACCGGGAGCGCGAGGAGGACAAGAAGAGGCACAGCUACUUUGAGAAGCCCAAGGCUGAUGAUGAGCCCACAGACAUCGACAAAGGACCUGGCUCAGCCAAGGACCUCAUCAAGUCCAUCAAUGAGAAGUUUGCUGGAGCUGCUGGCUGGGAGGGAACAGAGGCUUUGAAGAAGCCAGAAGACAAGAAGCAGCUGGGAGACUUCUUUGGCAUGUCCAACAGCUAUGCUGAGUGCUACCCUGCCACGUAAGGAGCAGCGGGAAGCUGUGGGGUGGGAGCAGGGCACACUACUUGUUGGGGAGCAGGCCUGGCUUUGUCUGUGGCAACAGCUGAUCGAUAAAACCACCAAGCCAUUGGUUGAGCCUGUUCUUAGCUGCUCUCUGCUGUUAGUGGCUGCCUGGAGCCUGCUGCCCCUCAGAGCCAGGGGGAGGCUGAGGUGGCUGGGAAUCUGCUGCAUUCCCUGUUAUCCAUGUGGUUGUGAAGCUCUGGCCUCCCUCAGUGGAAGGGGAACAUCUUUCAGCCUGCAGAAUCAUCCUGGAAGCGUUUCCAACCUUGGAUACCCUGUGAUACAGGUCACCUGCAGAGCUUACAGCUGGGGCCACUUCCCUCUGGUCCAGGAACUGAGUGUGUUUGGUCCAAGGCCAUGAGACAUGACUCCCACCAGCUCCAAGGUCCUGAUCCAUCUCAUGGACCCACUCUGAGCCCUUUCCUUGCUUUUUUUUUCCCCAGAAUGGAUGAUAUGGCUGUGGACAGCGAUGAGGAGGUGGACUACAGCAAAA